GCCUAUCAUUGAAAAGAGAAAAUUUAUUUGCUAGUUCCAUAGGAGCAUCCGCAAUGCCCGUUACCAAUUCACUAAUCACUAUUGCAUUUUUCAAGUUCUUAAAAAAAAUGAAAAAGCAUUUAGGUUUUUCAUCAACAUGAAUGAGCUGAAAGACUUCUUAAUUCGAAAUUGUCUUCUCCAUUAAAAUAACAAAAUUCAGCAAUCCGGUCUCUGACAAACCCAAAAUCCCAUCUCAUUUUCAAACUAUUUUUUGAAGCUGUGUAUUUCUGAUUUCGAUACAUCAAAAAAGAGAAAACGAAGAGGGUGGCUUAGGGUGAUUGGAAUAAAUGGAUAAAGUAAGGGAAUUCUUCAAGAAAACUAUGUUCUACGCUAGGGUUCUUUCGGGUUACGAAGAACGCAGAAUCCGAUCUUACAGAUUGAAGCUUCAGCAGCGUCUCCAGCAGGCACAAUUAAAGAAAGCAGCACUUAAUAAGGUUCCUGAACAAAUUAUUUUGUCAGAGGUGCGGAAGAUGGUUCAGGAAAUGCAAUCUUUGAAUAAGAAGUUGGAGGACACAGAGGCGGCCAUAGAGGAUUACUUCAAGCCGAUUGAUAAGGAAGCAGAAAUGAUUAUGAAGGCUCAGCUGGAAGGAGAGGAGAAGACAAUGAAAAUGAUGGUGGCAACCAUGCAAAGACAGGCUCUACUCGAGAAAGCUGAAGCCGAAGCAGACGCAAAAGCACAAGCGCAAGCACAAGCCCUUGCAAAUUCGAAAGAUGCAAAAGCAGACCAAGAAGUAGAGGAGCCAGAGCCAGAACCAGAACGGGAACAAGAACGCGUUGACAAGAGUGCUGGAAUGCGGUGAAUCCUCAAAACCAUUUUUGCAGUUGAUUAAGUUAUAAGGCAUUGCUCCCAUCUCUCAAAGGCUUAGUGUGGUUUGUCGUUACCAACGGGCAUCGGAACGUGAGUAGGCAUGGAUGUAUGUUGGCAUGAAAGUUGGUAGUCUGUGGGCUGAUUAAAUAAACACACUUAGGUUGCAAUGAUCUUUUCCCUAAGCGGCAUUUUCUGUAUAAUUGGUGAGACUAGUAAUUGCGUAUAUGAUGUUUUUCCUUCCGUUCAUAAAAA